AAUUGGGUUUGAGAAAGAGGCGAAGAGCGAAGAGGUAGCAAAGGAGCUGACUAAAGGAUUAUUGUGUCAACUGCGGAUUUUAUUUUAUAAUAAAUUAAAUCGCGUCACAUUUCUGAUAUUUGGCUUUUUGUUCAAUUGGUCGUUCACAUUUUCUAUUUACAGUUUCCAAUCUUCCCCUUGUAAUAUCUUUGGUAAGUGAGAACAUUGAAGACGCAUAAUAACCGACUUUCUACAGUCCGUCCGUGAAAUAUUCCGACUGAUACAUACAGGAAGCACAUGUGUAAUUCUGCUCACAUACAUUUUAUUUUAAAGUUAGAUUUCUUUAAUUUAUCAACCGUUCUGUAUCAUGGCGGCAUCAAACUAUUCAUUGAAGAUCAAUAGAAAUAUUUUGGAUCCCAGCUUUGAGAGUUACAGACUGUCCCUGGAUCCCAUACCAACUUACAACGUUGAGCUAGAUGCUGCUGUGGCAGAGGUGAAACUAAAAGACAGUCAAUACACCCUGGACCAUGUACGUGCUUUUGGCAUGUACAACUACCUCCAUAUAGACCCCUGGUAUGAGGACAGUGUUUACUUUGUGGACUGCAAAGGACGAGUGCUGAAUUUCACUGUCACCCUGGACACGGCACUGGGGAAGCCCAGAGAGGUCUUUCGGAUGCCCUUUGAUACCAGCAGGUGUGAAGAGCAUGUCUGUGCCUCUCUUAGCCUCACAUCUGCCACCUGGGCAGCCCUCUCUGACGGUGCAGGCCGACUUUACCUCUUUAGAACCAGCAUGAGGAGGGAGAAUUCCAGUCUGAAGUGGGAGGCCCUGUUUAGUGAGGAAAUGGGGGAGCCCUUCACCAUCCUCCACAGCAUAUCUCACGUCCAGGCUGGAGUCCACUCUAUGGAGGUCCUGCUCCUCCGCAUCCAGAAAGAACCUUUGCCGGACUCUGAGUCCAAGGGAAGCGGCUACUAUGUAUCUCUAGAGUGGAUCACUGUGUCUGAUACAGCGAAACAGGGUCAGGAGAAGUACGAAGUGAGGAAGAGGAGGGAGCUAAGAGGAAAAUCAGUGCCCCACUACGCAGCGGUGGAGCCCCAAGGAAAAGGGCUAAUGGUAGCCUCAGACAAACCCUUUGUCUUCACACACGUAGAUGAGACACUUGUGGAGCAGUCUGCAGCAGAGGCCAUGGAGGUAGAAUCAGCUGCUGAUCCCAUCUACUUCUGGCAGCAGACAAUGGAGGAUAUCACAGUAUCAGUCCGCAUGCCUGAAGGUAUCACCAAAGAUGAUGUGCUCUUCAAACUCUCCAUUCAUAGUGUGAGUCUGGGUGUGAGGGGUUUCACACCCCUCCUGGAGGGGCAGCUGCAUGCCCCCGUGGACCCAGAGGCCAGUGCCUGGAUCAUCAAAGAUGACAAAAGCCUGGAGGUAACUCUCCAGAAGAUGUGCGAGGGGCCUAUGUGGCCUGAGCUUCUGAUGGGGGGAGACAGAAGAGGAGAAAUCUUAAGUGAAGAACAGCCGGACCUACUGAACGAGAGACUGACCUAUCUUACAACUGAAGACUUGAAUGCUAACCCAGACAAGGACAAGCCCCCGUGCAACUCCCAGGAACUGGAGGAUUGCGAUGGCUUCCCAGAGGACAGCUCCAGCGUGACUCGAUUCGAUGGAGACUCGCUCAAGCCCACUCAUGUGGUGAAUUUGGGGAGCCAUCAGUUCCUGUUCACAGUGGACUUGAAUCCGUCUGAGAUGCCUUGUUUCUGCCUGCGUCAUGAUGUGGACGCCCUGCUGUGGCAGCCCCGCCCAGAUAAGCCCAGUGACAUGUGGGAACACAUCGCCACCUUCAACGCCCUUGGCUACGUCCAGGCAUCGAAAUGCGACAAGAAGUUUGCCACUUGCCCCCCAAACUUCUCCUAUGCUGCCCUUGGGGAGUGUCUUCGCCGGGUGUUCAUUUACCGGCAACCAUCGCCUGUCGACACAGUCCUGUUCAAUAGGAAGCAGGGUCGUCAGGUGGGCCAGGUAGCUAAGCAACAGGUCGCCAGUCUGGAUUCCAAUGACCUUGUCUUAGGCUUUAGAGCUACCAAUGAAAGACUGUUCGUCCUGACCUUGAACAACCUGUUUGUUCUGAAGAUCAACAAUUAGAGCUGGGAUAAAUAGCCCAUUUUCACUGACACUUUAGCGAUGAAGAAUUCACAUUAAAAUUCCUUUCUAAACUAAUCUUAACCUACAAUACCGGUCUAAAGUGUGGACACACCUACUUGAUCAAAUAGUAAAACCAAUGAAAUACCCUUGAAUAAGUAGGUGAGUCCAAAAUUUUGGCUGGUGCUCUGUGUCUAGGAAAUAUACCCUUAUAGUGUAUCCAUCCACCAUGCACGCUGUCUAUCCCUAACACAGAGCGUCACCAUAACACAAAGUACAUCUAAACCAAGUGUAUCAAUGUACAUUAAAUUGAGGAAUGCCAUUCAAUUUGUGGAAACGGUUUGAUGUCCUCUAUGACUACACUUGUCUGUCCUUAUGUUUUUCCAUGUCAUUCUAGUGUUAUUCAGAGAAUAUUCUACUAGUAUUGAUGCUGAAUUAUUCAUUUUCUCCAGUGUGCUGUUAAUUAUUCUCAUAGAAACAUUGACCAAACAUUAUCCAUAAUUCUAAUAAAAAUCAAGCAAAUCUA